AUGUUAGAUCCAACGAAUACUGUAGUGCCCCGAGAUAGCCACCUAGUGUCCGACACCACCGGUCGCGUAGCCAUAGUUAUACGCGAAAGGGACAACACUGGCGAUCAGGGACCGGAGCAACAGCGGGAGCACACCCCCCCUGCUUCUCCGUUGGCGGAUCCCCCUGACCAAGAGCCUCCUGGAGGUUCAACACCCCCCAGAAGCCCCGCAGUGGACCCCCCCGGAGACCCACUUCCUCGCGGAGGACCCCCACCGGAGGAGGGCCUGUCCGAAGCAGAGAGACUCCGCCGAGGAAAGGCCCACUCGCAGGAAGCAGGCCCCUCCAACGUCACCGGAACCACACCUGCAGAGGGGGAGUUUGUGGAUCUCACCCCUGACGAGAUCACACGUUUUGCCAAGUACCUGAAACAGCAAGCAGCUCAGCAGCGGACCAGGGAAGCCGAGGAGCGCCGCCGAGCUGAGGAGCAGUGGGCCGGCCGCCUACCGCGGACCUGA